CUCACCAAUUGGAUGUGGGACGGAUGUCCCGCCGUUUGGCGCCUGGAUUUUAAGGCGGAAAAUGACUAAUACAUGAAUGGAGAUAUAAUUGGAUGUUAGAACCACUUCAAGUUUUUGGGUCGGCGCCAAGCCGAGCCCGUGUUUCGAUCUCCCUACCACUCAAUUCUCAACUCUUUAUCCUUUCUGAUACAAUGCUAUAUAUUAAAUCGCAGUGGUUGUUUUCAUUGAAUCAACUAGUUCUUUGCAUCAUCUAAUGCCUAGAAUAUGAAACGCACAAUAGCCUCUGAUUCGUAUGACGACGUGGGCGAACGGCCAGCGAAGAAACUGCGACGGCGCGACAGUUCAAGCACAGUUGCAGUACCAUCAAACAAGGAGCAGGAGCAGAUCACAACGCAACCCCUUUCACCUUUAUCAUAUAAUAAGAUUAAUGAACAGGAACGUGGACAGUCAGCGAUUGUACAUCCGUCGAAACCGAUCAACAAAGCGUGGAUACCCGCCCCGUCAGAGCAGUUUAACGAGGUUGACGUUAUGAGUCAACCUGCGUCUAAGAGGUCACGCUCACAAUCAACAUCGACCGACCGUGGACGCCCUCGUUCUGUUUCACCGACUGGGAGCGGCAAAUUAUGUGACGAUUCUAGAGACAAAAGGCUGCUUUAUGCGCCAUUCCCCCGCCGGUCCGACUUCCGAAGCGAAUCCGUUGAAAUCCCGCGCGGUCUAUUCGACGAUGAGUUCAUUGAAGAUUUUCACAAUACAUUACGAAAUCGAUCAGAGGCGCGACUGCUGGUAGAUCUACAUCCACUUCUCAUGCCAUCUGCAGAGAACCUCUUUAUCCAAGGGAAGGACGAACUUAAAAAUGUUAUCGAUGGUUACAAUGAUCCAUGGCUCAAGACAGAGCCAAUCUAUGGUCCCAAACCACAGCCGGACCAUGCUCGAGGCUUAAGGUGGUCGACCUUUUCAGACAAUCAGCGGCGAAAGCUUGGAAUCAAGCCGGGCGAAAAAUCCCUCUAUGCAGUGCGAGAAGAUAUGUACUUCCCUUACUUAACGGCAGAAAUUAAGUGCGGGAACCAAGCUCUGGAAUUUGCGGAUCGGCAGAAUAUGCACAGCAUGUGUAUUGCCCUUCGCGCGGUGGUCAGUUUAGCUGAGGCUGCCGGCCGUCUGGGAGAGGUGAAUCGGAGGCUCCUUGGCUUCUCGAUUUCGCAUGAAUUAGAGGGUGUGCGAAUCUACGGCCACUAUCCCGAGAUUGGCGAAGACGGGAUCAAAUAUUAUCGCUGGUUAGUAAAGCAGUUCAACAUCUGGGCAGACGGGGAUAAAUGGCAAUGUCUUCGUUUUGUGGAAAAUCUCGAUCGUGAUUUCCUUCCAAUCCAUACUGGACGGUUAAUGCGUUUUCUGGAAGAAGUUCCUGAUCCACAAGAACUCCCUUUUGAGCUCGAAUCCCAGGAGCGGUCCUCAUAUAGCCGGGCGCCCUCUGCACAGAACCGGGUCUUACAACCGGAGCUACGUAGCAUGAUUCAAACCUUGCAGCAACAGUUAGAGGAACAAAAGUUCCAGCAAGAGCAACUAUCAGCAGAUCAGAAAGCACGAGAAGAGAAACUUCUUGCUCAGUUGGAACAGCAGAGAGAAGAGCAGAAAACACGGGAGGCAGAGCAGAAAGCGCGAGAGGCAGAGCAGAAAGCACGGGAAGAAAAACUUCUUGCUCAGUUGGAACAGCAACAAGAAAGACUUUUUAAACUGUUAGAGCAGAAAGAGAAAUGA